AUGUCAGCCCAAGAAGAGGCACAGCGUCGCAUCGGAGCCAAGUCUCGUGCCUCAAUGGUCGCAUUUGCUUUUGGUAGAUCUCUUCUUGCCUGCUGUCCUGUUCUGCUGCUCCCUCUCUCUCUCUUUCUCUCCUAUCAUGACUCCUGGCACUCCGGCGAAACUACUGCGAUAUACGUCUGUUGGGGCCGACGGGUACCUAUCAAUCGCCUAUCCCGCUGGGAAACUGCAGAUCUGCCCCCCCUCUUUGUUUUGUGA